UUUUUUUUUACAUUUUUGACUUUUUGGUGAUUAUUGCGGAUGUGUUAAGGAUACUCGAUGCGGGCUUGUCAUCACAAGUAAAGACGGAACCGCCACAGAAAAGCAGUAAGUAAGAUGUUCAUUGUCAGAUUAUUGAUAAAUUACACACACGAGCACCCACUCAUGAGGCUAUACGUCCAUUUAUUAUGAGAUAACCUUUUUUUUUCCACGCUCUUGAUAAGUCAGACUCGCCGAUCCGUGACGAGCCAAAUUCAUUUUUAUUAUUAUAUUUUUUUUUGCACCGCAGAUCUUAUCCGGUUGUCAUGGGAAUGAGAUGCCUCACUGUCGAGAAAAAAAGGCUUUAUGUGUGGGAAUUAUUAGUCACUUUCAAAUAUAUAUAUAUGUAUAUAUUUACCAGUGUCUUUACAAACGUGUCAAUCAUGCCAGGUCCAAUCAAUGACGGACAUAAAUCGAUGAUCAAUAUUUAGAAUGCUGAAACAUCACUUUUAAUGUUCUUUUAGAUUCUUAAUGAAAAGUUGAACUUGUGCCCUAGACAAUAUGUGAUAGAAUCCCACUCCUGGGUGACUUUACACUUUCUCGCUCAUUUUUUUUUUUUUUUUUUAAUGUCUCGGUUUGCUGAAAACACGCCGCUGUCCGGUUUUAUUGGCGCGAGCAACCAGCGUUUACCGGCGCUCCGGGGUGCGUGUUUUGCGGCUUAUGCGCGGCUCUCUUGGUUACCGGUACGCGCCCGAGCCAAGGGAGAGCUCGGCGCACACACCGCCUCCAAAUGAAUUGAACGCUUUAUUAUAUAAUGUCGUGGAAAUCACUCUAAAUUUAUUUCGGUUGGGUGACAGGCAAACCCGGUUUUGUUAUCGAGCCUGAGAUCAGGAAUGUCUUGUGCGUUCUUUUCUGUAAGAGUUAUGACAACUUUUUUUUUUUUUUUUUGGGGCUCGGGGACCAAAUGUUGAUUUGGAUCUGACAAGGUUGUCUUUUUACACACCAGCGUGCAACUUGUCUGGAAAGCCACAAGACGUUAACGUGCUUGGUUCGAUCUGAUUCGGCUUUCGAAAGGGAAUACAAGUGAGUAUUUGUUCGGAUCCCGAAAUCCGAGUGAGAGUCGGAGUUCCUCAUGAAGGUGUUCCAUUGAAGGCGUGUAAAAGUACCUGCGGCGUGCAGAGGUCACGGAUCACAAGAGCAUUGGGGGCACACGUCGACUCGCUGGCGCGCGUGACGGAAAGGGGGCGCUCUAAACCUUGAAAUCCCCCAGCGUGCAGAAGGGGGGGGGGGUUCGACCGCAGUGAGAGGCAGCCGGAGGCGCACGGUGCACCGGAGCUCCUCGUCCUUCUUCUCCGUUUUGCAUGCACGCGUGCGAGGGUGCGUUGGGUCAUGCCGCCGCCCCCCCCCCUUCUGGAUGAAUCCCCCAGCAGAUCAACAAGGUGCUGAUCAGAAGCGAGCGCCCGCAGCUUUUUGCACACUGCGCUGCUUUUAAAAAGUCUUCACUUGUCUGGGUUUGUACAAGUCGCUCUCUGUGGUGACAUCAGGCAUAUUUUUAUGCAGACUGAAAAGUUUGUGCACACGUGCGUGCUGAAAUUUACACUUUAAACUGCUUACAAAUAUAUUAUCACGGGUGCGAAAAUGAUCAGUGACAUGCGCAUUCGGCCCCCGGUGGAAGUGAAAUCGUACACAUUGAACUUGAAUUAUUAUUUCUUUUAAUGCCGUUCCUAAACUUUUUUUUUUUUUUAAGUCUACUAAAUAUGUGAGUUACUUGUUCUCUUACUGUGGUUCUGACCCGAGCCGUCCCCCGUCUGCCGCUCCAGACACAGGUUCGGAAAAGUGCCCGCAGCCGAGCUCGGACUCCCGCCGAUUGGAGCUUACCUCCGCGAAGCCCGACGAGCUCUGCCCGCUUCAGGAGCACCGAUCCGGCCGCAGCCACGCCGCUCCACACGCCCGCACACCCAGCACCAUUCAGCACGAAGCUCUCACGCCAGAUCUAUGGCAUUAUGACAAUGAACAAGCGCACUCAGUUAUUGGAACAGCUGCAGUUUGUCCAGUUGAAAUGCGCACCUCGAGACAUGCCCUGCGUGCAGGCCCAGUACGGGCCCAGCCCCCCAGGCUCCGCCUACUCCAGCCAGUCCUUCGGCUACCAGGGCGACAGCUACGCCUCCGACCUCAUGACCUCCGACUACACUAAGCUGGACCUGGGCAGCGGCGAGAUCUCCGCCGCGGCCGCCACCACCUCUCUGCCUAGCUUCAACGUGUUUGUGGAGGGGGGCUACGAGCACAAGUCGUCUUGCCUCUACCAGAUGCCCCCCCAGAGGCCCACCAUCAAGAAGGAGGAGGACAGCUACCCGACUGCCCCGCAACUGGAGGCGCUGUCCUCCUCCGCCAUGUACUUUAAACAGUCGCCUCCCUCCACGCCCACCACGCCUUCCUUACCCCCGCAGCCCGGCACCUCUUUCCUGUGGGACGAGCACUCACUGGUCCCUCCGUCACACCCCCACUCCAUGGGCUCCAGCCUGGACGCGGGGUCCCUCAAGUCGUCCCGCUUUCCGCACUUCUACCAGCACUCGCCGCCCCACAGCGGGGGGAGCGUGGGUGGCUACGAGAGUCUAGGAGGCGGCCUGGUCCGCACGUCCUCCUCCUCGUCAUCCUCGUCCCCGUCGGUCUCCCAUGCUCACGGGCCGCCCCUGGAACAACAGUCCAUGUACCAGCUCCACCGCGGAGCCGGCGGCGCCAGCCUGGCAUUCCGCUCCCUGGCUCUCGGUCCCUGCGGCCCCUUACUCGGGGACACUCUGCCCUCGCCCCCGCCGCGAGGCCCCCAAGGAGAGGGAACCUGCGCCGUGUGCGGGGACAACGCGGCCUGCCAGCACUACGGGGUCCGCACGUGUGAGGGCUGUAAAGGCUUCUUUAAGCGCACCGUGCAGAAGAACGCCAAGUAUGUGUGUCUGGCCAGUAAGAACUGUCCUGUGGACAAGAGGAGACGCAACCGCUGCCAGUACUGCCGCUUCCAAAAGUGCCUGAGCGUGGGCAUGGUCAAGGAAGUGGUGCGCACCGAUAGCUUGAAAGGUCGCCGUGGACGUUUGCCCUCCAAACCAAAGAGCCCGCUGCAGACGGAGGCGGCCCCUCCCUCGCCGCCCCUCAGCCUGAUCUCCACUCUGCUCAGGGCUUAUUCCCACUGCACGCCCCACGACCUUGACUACAGCCAGGUAGCCCCACAGCGAUGGAAAUAUGCGGGUCCGCUGAGAAACUCCGUGCGGACUCUUGACGUCUUUUCGCUUUUCCGCGCCGUUUCUCCCCGUCCCGCAGUUCAGUGCCGCGGACCCUCCGUCCUCCUCCACGGACGCCGAGCACAUCCACCUGUUCUACAGGCUCCUCACCAUUUCCAUGGAGACCACACGGUGCUGGGCCGAACGGCUGCCAGGCUUCUCCGAGCUCCAGCGGGACGAUCAAAACCUGCUCAUAGAUUCGGCCUUCCUGGAGCUGUUCGUCUUGCGAUUGGCUCACAGGUCAAUGCUGUCAGAGGACAAGCUAGUGUUCUGCAACGGUUUGGUGCUGCACAGGUUCCAGUGCCUUCGCGGCUUUGGAGAGUGGCUGGACUCCAUCCGGGACUUCUCCAACCACCUCCAGGGCGUAAACCUGGAUGCCUCCGCCUUCGCCUGCCUGGCCGCGCUCGUGCUGCUCACAGAACAAGUUCCGGGCCUGAAGGACUCCAAGCGCGUGGAGGAGCUGCAGAACAAAGUGAUCUGCUGUCUCAAAGACCACCUGGGCUGCGGCCCCUCUUCGUCGUCAUCCAAGGCGGCGCCCGCCCUGAGUCGCAUUCUGGGUUUACGGGCGGAGUUGCGCUCCCAGAGGACUCAGGGCCUUCAGCGCAUCUUCUACCUGAAGCUGGAGGACCUGGUGCCGCCUCCGCCCUUGAUCGACAGGUUCCUGGACACUCUGCCUUACUGAUGGCGAAGGACGGAAUUCAGAGAAGAAGAAGGAAAAAAAAGCAUCACGUCCAGUUUGAGGACAGUGACGGACUCACUUUGCUGUGACGCCAACGUGACAACUCGCUCCAACGGACCACCAACUCAACAGACACUUUAAAAAAAAAAAAAAAAAAAAGUGUUAAAAACAAAAGAUUGCGUCGCCACUUCUGAUUUUCACACGGAGGCUGGGACGGAGGACGCAGGUCGGAGAUUUUUGCCCUCUGGAAAACACAAAAGCGAGCAAGAAAGAACGAUAUAAAGUCCCGUUUCUGUGUAUAAUGUUCAUCCGGUGUGCCGAAUUCACUGGAGACAUCAUUGACGACACAAACGUAAGCGAUGCACUCCGUCCCCCCCAAAAAAAGAGCAAGUCAUAAAUGUUGCAAAAACACACCAUACAAUAUUUCAAUAACAUCGUAGUGAGAUCUUGAUUGAUUCCAAGUGCAAUUUUUUCUCCCCACUGCUUUCUCAUCGUAUAAGAAGUUGACGCAUAAGGAACGGUUUAAUUUCAAACUCUAAAUUAUUCGAACGCAAAGACGCGUCGUCCGACAUCGUCAAAAGAGCCGAGAAGGUCCGAGCGAUAUCCGGCUCGAGAAGAGAGACUGUGCACUAAAUAAUUGCCGACUGCUCACUCAGACUUGAAUUGCUCACUUUUUUUUUUUUUUUUUUUUUGUGCUUAUUUUACUCAUACGGAAAUGACGGGAGCCCGAAAUGGGCUUCUGAAGCACUUACGGCCUGCAAAGGACUGGAAGCACAGACACACACCCGGCCUGCUCCCCCCUGCUGAGAGUAGAGGACAGGAAAGGAGGGUGCUCGACAGAUAGAUCCACGGGAGAGACAUUCCGCAGUCUUUUUUUUUUUUUUUUUAUUUCUCUUGUGGCGGUGUUCACGCGUGCAAGACAAUGGUUCGAUGCUGUCCUCAUAAGUGUGUGUGUACGCAUAAGAGAAGCCGGCGUCUUAUGCAUGGUGUGUUUUUAGGCUGUCAAAAAGCGGUCGGCCUCGUGUGUUUCCGUGUCUCGCCACCCUCCUCCCCAACCGCCCACACUCAUGGCAGCAGUGAUAUUACGAAGAAGAAAGAAAAAAAAAAGCAAAUUCUAUAGAUCUAUAAAUAUAUAAAUAUACAAAAACUAAUAUUUUGAAGUGUUUUUAGCUUUUUUCAAAUAUUGUGGUACGACAUGUGCAUUGUUUUCAAAGAAGAGAAACACAAAAAAAAGUAAAAAAAUUGCUGUUUUCUUUUCUUUUUUUUUCAGUGUCCUUCUUUGGUUUGAGUUUCCUGUUCAAUAAUUUCUUUCUCUUUGGUGCACUGGAUUUUCU